GGUAGAGAGAACUCAGCCGGCUCUUUGCUGUUCAUUCACUGAAAACUAUCUUUAAAAAAAAGUCUGCUCGGCUGCCGGAGUCUGGGCGUUUUUUCUCCCCGUUCAAUAUGCUGGCUGGCUGACUGGCCUUUAACAGAAUGCUGUUGAGGGAACCAAGGCGGCUGAUUUCACUUUCUUUUCAACUCAGUUGGCUGAGGAGAGACACAGGAGUGUUUUGAGUGACUUGCGCCGUCAUCACUUGGAGCGAUUCCCCACCUCUCGCUCUCUUUCUCUCCCAUCCUGUGUACAUUCCCAGACCUGCUCUAUUAUGCUGAUAGAGUUACGCCAAUCUUCCAUCCCCUGUGAGAAUACACUUAAUAGGGAACCUCGGCCACUAGAGUCAAUUAAUAUCCAUUUCUGAAUGCAGGACUGGAGACUGGAGAGCGACUAAGAUCAUAGGUAUACAAGAGUGCGAUCAGCCCUUUACCGAGAUUAUUUCCAGCAGAGAAUCGGUGCGUUUUGCCUCUGUGUGAUCGUCUGUGAGGAGUCUCCCACUCUGUUUGUGUGUCUGUGUGUGUGUGUGUGUGCUGAGCUUGUGGAAGGCUUUUAUUGGCUCGGGAUUUUUAGGAAAUGGCAACGCCACACAUUGCAACAGGAACAGUGUAUCCGCAAGCAGCGAGAGGAAACCGGAGCUAAAUGAUGAGGAUGCACAUCGCCCAGGUCCCCCCAAAGUAACCAAUUCCGCUGAAGUCCGGGACUGUCCUUUUUGUUAGACCCUCUCUGUUCUCUCUGCUCGCUGUUUUCCUGCAAUCUCCAGUGCCAUGGGGAAGCACCGGCUCUCUCUCUACAUUCUGGCCGUGGUUAUCGGACUGUCCAGGGCGCACAGGAGCGAUCGAUGUGGGGAAUCUAUACAUAUCACGAGCCCUGGAUACUUGAACUCCCCUGGAUAUCCGAACUCUUACUACCCUCGGGAAAGCUGUGCCUGGGUGAUCCAAGCACCUGAAGCUUAUCAACGAAUAAUGAUCAAUUUUAACCCUCACUUUGACCUGGAGGACCGAGACUGCAAGUACGAUUAUGUGGAGGUGCGUGAUGGUGGAGAUGAGAAAGCAGCACUACUGGGAAAAUUCUGUGGAAAGAUUGCCCCUUCUCCACAGAUCUCCACAGGACCACUGCUAUAUGUAAAGUUUGUGUCUGAUUAUGAAACACAUGGAGCUGGCUUCUCCAUCCGCUAUGAAGUUUUCAAAACAGGGCCAGAAUGUUCCAAGAAUUUCACUGCAGAAAGUGCAGAGAUAAAGUCGCCUGGAUUUCCUGAUAAAUAUCCAAAUAAUUUGGAAUGCACCUACAUGAUCUUUGCACCAGCGACAGCAGAGAUCCUCCUGGAUUUUGCAAGCUUUGACCUGGAACCAGAUGAUAAUUCACGGGAGGGAAUGUUAUGUCGUUUUGACAGACUGGAAAUCUGGGAUGGUUUUCCAGGAGUUGGUCUUCAUAUAGGACGCUUCUGUGGGCCAUAUGCUCCUGAACACAUUCGGUCACUCACCGGCAUUCUGUCUUUAACGCUGCACACGGAUACUGCAAUCGCUCGGGAUGGUUUCUCUGCAAACUAUUCCAUUAUCCAGAAGAGUUUCUUUGAAAACUUUCACUGUAACGAAUCACUUGGCAUGGAAUCGGGCAAGAUUCGCACAGAUCAAAUUUUGAGCUCCAGCAAUUAUAAUUUCAACUGGUCCCCAGAAAGAUCGAGACUAAAUCACCCAGAAAAUGCAUGGACACCAUCUUCGGACUCCAGCAAGGAGUGGAUACAGGUGGACCUGGGAUUCCUGCAGCAUGUCUCUGCCAUAGCAACGCAAGGUGCUAUCUCCAAAGAAACUCAGCGGGAGUAUUUUAUCCAAACAUACAAAGUGGAUGUGAGCUCCACUGGUGAAGACUGGAUAACUGUGAAAGAAAGGAGUAAACAACCAAAGAUAUUUCAAGGUAACAGCAAUCCCAAAGAUAUCGUGAUCAGGCAGUUUCCCCAGACAAUCCUGACGCGAUAUGUUCGCAUAAGACCACAGACAUGGAAGGGUGGUGUUGCGCUUCGAUUCGAACUAUAUGGAUGCAAGAUUACAGAUUAUCCCUGCUCUGGAAUGCUAGGAAUGGUAUCUGGGCUCAUCCCUGACAACCAGAUCACGGCCUCAUCCUCCAUGGACCGUUACUGGGGUCCCGAACAUGCUCGGCUUCUCACCAGUCGAGCAGGCUGGGCAUUAAAACCGACCCCUCAAUCCUAUAAUAACGAAUGGAUACAGGUAGACCUGGGAGCGGAGAAAGAGGUGCGGAGCGUGAUCAUUCAGGGCGUGAAGCAGAGGGACAAUAAAGUGUUUAUGCGGAGGUUCAAGCUUGGGUACAGCACAAAUGGAUCAGACUGGAAGUUGGUAACAAAUCCUGGCAGCUCCAAACCGAAGACAUUUGAAGGAAAUACCAACUAUGAUACGCCAGAAAUUCGGAAAUUUGAACCAUUGUUAACAAGAUACCUUCGGAUCUACCCUGAGAGAGCAUCAGCGGCUGGGUUAGGACUACGUUUGGAGCUGCUGGGCUGUGAGAUUGAAGUCCCUACAUCCCCUCCGACCUUGGAUUCAGAUGAGUGUGACGAGGAGAUUGGAAACUGCCACAGUGGAACAGGUGAUGGCUUCGACUUUACAGGUGGUAACACUGCUCUAGGAACAGAGGAACCAACAUUACCUGAAAUACCAGUGUUCCCAGGUGGCUUCUACCCCUCUGAUGAGAUGCCCGGUUUGAACUGUAAGUUUGGGAGUACAGCCCUGAAGAGUUUCUGUGAAUGGCGCCUUGAUAAAUCCGCAGAUUUUCUGUGGAAAGUACAUUUGGGGAAAGGAGAAUCCAUUAAUACCAGACCGGCAGGAAAUUACACAAUGGGAAAAGACCAUUUUAUUUAUACUGAAAUGAUUGGACAAAAUGAAGAACAAGUUGCACGGCUAUGGAGCCCUUCUUUGGAACCUGCUUAUUAUGGACGUUGCCUGGUCUUUCGGUACCAAAUCCGUGGAACUCGUGGCAGCAGUUUAAACGUGAUUCAGAGAAAGCUAGCAGACGAUUUCAAGCCUGAUGUCCUAUGGACCAUGAGUGGACCACAGGGCAACCACUGGCGAGAAGGUCGAGUGCUCCUUCCGCGAUCAUUAGGCAUCUAUAAGGUGGGAUUGGAAGUGAUGGUUGGGAAAGGAAUCCGGGGAGAGGUGGCAGUGCACGAUGUGGAAAUAGUGAGCAUCCAGAAUAUAAAUGAUUGCAUGGCUCCCAGGGAUGUCUUUCCAGGUCUGGAUGGUUCCACAUCAAUCUUUCCCACUGCUGUGGACCUGGAGGAGCCUACGGACAAAACCUUCUUUGAGAACUCUGGAGGUCCUGGAAAUGUACUGAAGACCCUUGACCCUAUCCUUAUUACAAUCAUAGCUAUGAGCGCAUUGGGAGUCAUUCUGGGGGCUAUCUGUGGGGUUGUCCUGUACUGUGCCUGUUGGCACAGUGCACUGGCUGACAGGAAUCUAUCUGCUCUUGAGAGCUACAAUUUCGAACUUGUGGAUGGAGUGAAGCUGAAAAAGGACAAACUGAGCUCACAGAACUCGUACUCUGAGGCAUGAGAAAGAAGCACUCAAGGGGUUUAAAAUGACUGCGGAAGAAUGCCUGAAACUGUGGAAUUCUUUGAGGUUUUUUUUGUAAUUGUUUGUCUUAGGAAAGACAAGAAGAGCUCUGGAUAAUGCUGGUCUGUGACUGAGCCAAGCUUUUCUCAGGAGCAACUGUUAAAGCAAUCAAACGGGAUGCUAUGUAAAAAAAUGAAUUAUGUACAGUCUGCUUUUUAAUUUUUAAAUUAAAGUUUUAAAUAAACAAAUGCUGGUGUUGAGACCAAGUGAGAUCAUUUUACAAGUAUUUAUCGUUUUCUGUAAAGAGUUAUAAAUUUGUAUCAUUCUAUUUGUAUAAUGACUUAGCUUCAUAAAAUAUGUUUCCAAAGGGCUUUAAAAACCUAUGUUUUUGUAUAUUAGUCCAGAUUUUAUACUUUGAGUAUACAGUAUUUUGAUUUUCCCACCCCCUUCCUACUUGGAGAACAAUUAGCAUAAAGCCUCAUUGGACACUGAGGGGGCCAUGACCUUUAUAACAAGGGUAAAUGAUAUGAUUUGAUAACAUGCUACACAGGGCAACUGUCUGUACGCUGAUAACAUUGUGAUUGGCUUCAGGCCAGUGGCCUGGAUCAACAAUUGCUUGCACUGAAAUACGCGCUAUGAAGUUGAUUUUUUUUUCCUUCUCUGUUAGAAGAGUGUGCUGUGAGAACAGUGUUAGAGACAGAUUUGAUUCUACAUUAUUUCUGUUUAUGCAAUAUCAGUUUAAACAAAAAAGGAAAAAAAGUUUUGUUAUUGAAGAAGUAUUAAAGAAUUAUAUGGUUGACAUGUUUCUUGUAUGGUAUUGUUUCACGUUUUGUAUCGCUGUGAGAGUUUCUCUUCUGGAUCGUUUUUCCUAAAAGUUUUUUAUUGGCAUUAUUGCUUGAGUAAAUUGUUGCUUUGAAAAAUGAAGAGAAAAAAAGCCUUAACUCAAAUGUUUGUAUUCUUGACACACAGAAAGCCUAGACAAUUCACACUGUUGUGUUGUAUCUUGUACUCAAAUCUAUGACUACUGCCUUCCAAAGAUUCAAUUAAAUUUAAUCUUUUCCUACAGUACUCUAUUUGUGGUUUGUUGUGGUGGGACCUCGGAGUACAGUCUACUCAUGAGCUGCAGUGUCCCACAAUUUCCUGAAUUGACCAUUAAAGGCCACCCGAGUCCCCCACAGUAGCAAUUCCUGUUUAUUUAACAUUUCCUGAUAUUCAGCAGGGUCAGAGUUCAUGAUAUGUGACAGUAGCACCAAGUCCCGCCAAAAUAGAUAAGCAAUUGGAGAUGUCGCUUGAUCAAUUAUCUAUAAACAGUGGGGCUGCUAUAGCCUCACAAAUCAAUACUUAAAUUUUUAAUACUCCAUUCCUGAAUGAAUGUUAGAAGAAUCUGAAAAUACAUUGCGAGUAUUUUUUUUUUAAACCAGCUAUUGUGGAGCACUACAGAUUCAAAUGAAUAACUCAAUUUGUCUUGUGUGAUUGCAAACAGCAUUCCUGCAACAGGAAUUUAUAAUGAAAUUCCUGGUGUACUGCUAACUAAAGUUUUUAAUAUUAUAAGUAUACUGUUAGCUUAUCCUAAUGGGUGGAAGGCAUGAUCCAGAGUGAGAUGUAUGAAGUAAAUAACAAAAGAGAUACAGAAAAAAGGAAUAUUUUAUUAUUUAUGACUGAAAACAGUAUUCAGAUAGCAUCCUGUAGGAUUUGUAAAACAGUUUAGGGACCUAUGUGGAGCAUGGUAGAUUUGCUGCCCCAUAUGUCUGGUCCACCACUGAUGACUUACCUGACUGAUGAAUGUUGAGAGAGCUGGGGUUCAAUACUGUUCCCUCUCUGUCUCUCCCUCUCUUGCAGUUCAGUGAGUGAAAGCAAAGAAAUGCAAUUAGGAGACAGGGCUAACCCUCCGUGAUGUAAUCAAAAGGGUCCCUGUGGGAAAGUGCUUGGUCUCUGUCUUACAAUUGUCCAGAAUGGUAUAACUGAAACUGGGAGCUCAGCAUGUGGAGAAUCACUGGAAUAGGCUUCUAUCACAUGACUCUGUGGCUUAAAAGUAGCCCAUUGGCAAAACCUUGCUUGAGAUGAUUGUGCUCAGCAGAAAGUUAGCAAGGAGCAUUGAAUUAAUGGGAAAUAUUACUUUGUGAAUGGACAGGAAAUUGCUCCAAGGAUUUCCAUUGAUUUAGCAAAAAUCAGACAUCCAUUUAUGUUUUAUUUGUAACAGCAACCUCAAAAUAAUUGCAUAUAACGUGCGGAAAUGGAGUGCACUUAAUUCAAUGUCCCGUGGAAUGUAAGACAAAUACUUACAGUAAGUUAAAACACUGAUUCUAAACUUAAAGCCAUUCUAUAUCUUAGUAGACAUUCCAACAAUGAUUUUUGAAGUAAUGUAAAAAAAAACAUUGAAAAUGAUGUUCCCACGCCAUAAGCUUUUCUACACAAGUUUGGGCAAAAAUGUCUGGGAGGUCUGAAUGAAAAUAUGGAGACUCACUCCUGAGAAAGUUUGGAUGUAAAACAGUUGAGACCACCUUAAAAAAAAAAAAGCUGAGCGUCCUUUCUUUCUUUGUAAUUUUCAUAUUUGUUUGUAUUUUAUCGAAGGAAGAUCUGUGAUAUGUAUAUAUUUCUAUGCUGUGUAUUAAACAGAAGGGUUUUCA